AUGCAAAGUCUACGAAAAUUGCGACCAACUCUUCGAAAGAAGAAGAAGACGGUCGAAAUGUCUGUUUAUACUCCCCUCGUUGGAAAGAAUGGGUAUGUCAUGGAAUAUCGUCACCCACAAUACACCAUGACAUUCCACUAUAAAUACAAGGAUAAUUCUGAUGGGACCAUGACAAAAAUAGGCCACACAUUAUCUUUAUCUGAUGAUAACGAAAAAGAUUAUGUAUUCUAUCAGACAGUAGCCGAUAAAGAACAAAUAGCCCUUGAACAUAAAUGGAUGGCUCAACUCAGAACCACAGGUAGUAUAUGUUUGCCGGCUGGCAUUAAGAAUGACUGGGGUGACGUAAUGCAACAUAACAACAAGCUACCGAUUACCGAUAACAUUCAACGACGGCGGCUUCGCGAGGUGCUGGGUAAUCUCGCUUAUCAACAGGGUGAUGUUUGGAAAGAUACAGAGAAGACAGACGUUUCUUCUCCGAGUUCUUACUCUUAUUCAACUAACAGCUUAUUAAAUGUUAACAUUCCCCAGAGGGGCUCAAAGGCAGCAAAGAAGGAGAAUAAUAAGCCUACGAAACAUGUUCAUUUGGAGCAUCCCACAUUUAGUAAGACAGCUCCUGUUGUACAUGUCUAUGAUCCCGAAGAAAGUCUUGUUUAUAAAGAAUGUCAAUGCGAGUAUUGUCGUUAUGCAGAUUACGACGAUUUAUAA